GAAGCAUCACUUUCAUUCGACGCUCCUCAGGCAACUAUUAGGCCGUGCACCAACGCCAAAGCACCAUGCUGUCUAAGGUUUUCCUGCUCUGCUUCGUAGCUUACGCUGCUGCUCAGUACGCCGUUGAAGACCCACCCCAGCCAUACAGUUUCAACGUGGACAGCACGGACGAAUACGGCAACCGACUUUACCGAACAGAGUCCGGUGACGCCAACAACUUCAAGACCGGAUCCUACGGUUACCAUGAUGCCGCUGGCGUCUACCGCCACGUCGAGUACGUAGCAGACGCCGACGGUUUCCGUGCUACAGUUCAGACGAACGAGCCUGGCACAAAGUCUUCCGCCCCAGCCGGUGUUCAGUACAGCUCACAGGCCGUAGAGUCUGCACAGCCAGCUGCCGCUGUUGCCCGUCCAGCAACAGCUGGUUACACGCUUGUCCCAGUUCAUCACGGAGGACCCAUUACUUUCAGCCUUGGUCGCGCCAAGAGCCGUUAAAGACCACUUUCGCUGAGUACCUAGUUGUAUGCUUUGUCCCAAAGCUUACUGUCGUCGUCGGCGCUAUGUCUGUGCCAAGUUCCUGUCGAUGUCUUUCACACGGGGCAAUGUCCUUCCUUUUCUUCGCGGUGUCAAUGUGACUGUCUGUGCGUGAUGUGCGAGUGACGGCUCUUUGUGCCCGAAAUUGUUUUCGCUCAAUAAAUGUUUUGAUGCAGUGCA